CGGAAAUCUACCGGAAAGGGCAGUAAUAUUUCGCGCCAAAUUGAAACAACAGAGCAGUCGGUCUGAGCGGUGGAAGAGAGAGGCUGAGACAAAAACCACCAGGCUGUACUUUUUACUUUUUGUCUUCUUUGUUUAUCUCGGUGAAGUUGAAGUGCUGCUAACAUGGAGGAGGCCAACAAGCUAAUCGGUGCCGGUAAGAAGCACCUUGUAAUGGGAAAGGUGGUGGAGGCAGUGGGCGCCCUGCAGGAGGCCUGCGGCAUGCUAGCUAAAAAGUACGGGGACACAGCAGACGAAUGCGGAGAGGCUUUCUACUGGUGCGGUAAAGCUCUGCUAGAUUUGGCUCGGAUGGAGAACUCAGUCCUAGGUAAUGCUUUGGAAGGAGUACCUGAGGAGGAGGACGAAGACAAAUCCAAGGACUCCAAUGUUGACAGCACAGAAAACGUAGACGAGAAGACCCGAGAUGAGCUGAGGGUUCAGGUGUAUGACGCCAUGGCGGAGAAGAAAGAUGAGAAAGAGAAGAAAAAAGAAGACUCGGAGGCAGUGGAGCAGAAUGAAGAGAAAAAAGAUGUAAAAAAGGCAGAAGGCGUUGAUGAGCAACCAAAGGAAACAAAGAAAGAGGCAGAAAAGGAAAAGAGCGAGACUGAUGAACCCAAAUCUGAAAGUAAAGAAAAGGAGAAGAGCGAGACUGAUGAACCCAAAUCUGAAAGUAAAGAAAAGACAGAAAAGGAGAAGAAGAGCGAGACUGAUGAGCCCAAAUCUGAAAGUAAAGAAAAGACAGAAAAGGAAAAGAGCGAGACUGAUGAGCCCAAAUCUGAAAGUAAAGAAAAGACAGAAAAGGACAAGGAGGCUGAGAAAGAAUCAGGAGAUGAAGGAGAUGGUGGGGAGGAGGAGGAGGAAGAAGAAGAAGAUGAUGAUGGCGAGAAUGAAGAAAUGGAGUGUGAUGCAGAGGAUCAGGGUGAAGGAGAUGGCACUGCAGAGAAGGACAGCGAUGAAGAGGAGGAAGUAGGGAACUUGCAGCUCGCCUGGGAGAUGCUGGAAGUAGCUAAGGUCAUCUACAAAAGGAAAGAGCUCAAAGAGGAUCAACUCAUGGCAGCUCAGACUCACUUAAAACUUGGCGAAGUUUCUGCUGAAUCAGGAAACUACACGCAGGCGAUAGAGGAUUUCCAGGAAUGUCUGAAACUGCAGGUGAAGCACCUGGACCCUGACAGCCGCCUUCUUGCUGAGACUCACUACCAGCUGGGUGUGACCUACAGCUUAGACAUGCAGUACAGCCAGGCCAUAGAGUCGCUGCAGAGCUCCAUCUCCGUCAUCAAGAGCAGGCUCGACAAACUUCAGAAGCUGCUGGAUAAGGCGGAGGGGCCAGAGGCUCUGCCCGAAGAGAGGAAAGAGAUGGAGGAGCUGAAGACUCUGCUGCCGGAGAUCAAGGAGAAGGUGGAGGACGCCACAGAGGCUCAGAAAACGACGAGCAGAGCUGCUGAGGAUGUGAAGGGAGUACUGGACGGAGGCUCAACUUCCUCUGCUUUCCCUGGAUCCACUGUGCAGAACGGAAACUCCUCUUCCAGCUCAAAGAUUAACGGCACAUCAACUAAUGGCGUCAGCUCCACUAAUGGACACGCCUCAACUGCUGCAGCAUCCGACAUCUCCCACCUGGUCAGGAAGAAGAGGAAACCAGAGGAGAGUCCAGUGAAGGAGGGCGUGGUGAAGAAGGUGAAGCAGGAUGUUGGUCAGGUUAACGGAAAACAAGAGGCUAAAACCAACGGAGACGCUUAGGUGAAGAGGAAGUAAAGCUGGACUCCCUCCUGGUUUUUGAUUCCUCCUGAGAAGAGAGAACCGUUUCAUGAAGCUCAAACUGUUGCUACACGUUGUAAAUCUGUAAAUCUUGUUCUGUCUAUUGAUAUGUAAGUGUGUACACAUUUAAACUAUGAUGUUCAAUAAAGUCAUUAUUUGAUAAA